AUGUCACCGGUCCCGAAAUUCAAGCUAAACACUGGUGCAGAAUUGCCCGCCGUCGGCUUGGGGGGAUGGUCGGGAGUAACAGCAGAGCAGCACGCCAAAGCAGUUCCGUGGAUGUUGUCUGCGCUGAAGUCGGGCUAUCGCCACAUUGACACAGCAUGGGGUUAUGGAACUGAAAAGUAUGUGGCGGAGGCGAUCAAGCAGUCGGGAGUUCCUCGCGAAGAAGUGUGGAUUACCACGAAGCUGCCGUGGAACCACCCCGGGAUUCUGACGGUAGAACAGUCCCUGGAUGACAGUCUGAAGAGGCUUGGAACAGACUAUGUUGACUUGUACCUCCUUCAUUGGCCGCAGGUAAUUGACUGGCCAGGCGAGGAUCCCGCUUACCAGGGGGAUAUCAAAGUCCGGGAGUCGGCCCCCACCUUCUCCGAAACCUGGGCAGCAAUGGAGGAGGUAUACGUCAAGGGCAAGGCGAAGAAUAUCGGCGUGAGCAACUUCUCUAUCCAGAACUUGGAGAAACUUCUCGCUACAGCUAAAAUCGUACCCGCUAUGAACCAAGUGGAAAUGCACCCGCUUCUUGCCCAAGAAGAACUCAGGGCAUACUGUGCCUCCAAGGGCAUUGUGAUCACUGCAUACUCGCCCACAGGGUACAGCAACACACUCACAAACCCGUUGAUUGUGGAGCUCGCCGGGAAGUACAAGGUUUCGGCAGCUCAGAUCGUCCUCGCGUGGCACCUCUCUCGCGGCGUCGUUGUGGUCCCGAAGAGUUCAAACGCAGAGCGGCAAAAGGAGAACCUGAACUUGCCCACGCUGGAGGCAGAGGAUCUCGCGCGCAUCAGUGGCCUUGACCGCGGGCAACGUCUGUGCAACGCGGUCGACGAGAAGGGGAUGGUAUCUGGAUGGACACGCGAGCAGAUGGGGUGGUAA